AUGAACAAAAAUAUUCGCCCACUACUUGAACAAUCACAGACACUCAACGUGACCUUCCUCCCCUUCUUGACCGCUAUUCAGAGUUUGAACGAGAAGACGCAAGUGUUGAAAAGCAGUCUGGCAUUUACUCUUGUAUGGAAAUCUGACACUAUGAUAUGGAACCCUAGUGAAUACAACAACACUUCUGGUUUUCGCAUUUCUCCAGAGGAUACGUGGAUACCCGAAUUAAUAAUACAAAAUACCAUUGGAGAUACAUAUGAAUUAAGAACAUUCACCUUUAUGAAACUUGCAAUAGUAAGUAACGGGGUGACUAUUUGGAACACUGGUGGAAACACGGAUACCAGUUGCACGGUGGACCUCUCAAGGUAUCCCUUCGACACACAGACGUGUCAUAUCAUCAUUGGGAAGUCCAGCAGCCUUGAUUAUGAUCUAAUGAUGAUUCCAGUAGAAGACAAGAUUAGCAGACAAUUGUAUGACGAAAAUGGUGAGUGGGAACUUUUAGACACAGCUGUAACCUAUCAUGUCGUCCAUGAACAAAUGACAUUUUUGAAGUGUUCCAUAGUUCUUAAGAGGAGACCUCUUUACUACAUUUUGAACAUCCUGUUGCCUGUCAUUCUUCUGUCGUUGAUGAAUGUACUAAGCUUUAAACUGUCCAUAAGUUGUGGCGAAAGGAUGAGUUUCAGUGUGGCCUUGUUUCUAACAUUUAUGGUUCUACUAAAUGUUGUUGCUGAUGAAAUGCCUAAGGUAUCAAAAUCUAUCUCCUACUUGCAACUGUACAUAAAUGUCCAGCUUGCCGUAGGAAUGAUCACCACCACAAUCUCAGUGAUUCUCGUACACGCAACUCAUUCAAAAAAAGAUGACGUAACUGGAUUGGUCCUUGCAUUUUACAACUUCUGCAAACUCUGCGCAAAAAAACAAGAGCAUGAUCGCUCUAAGAUAUCUCCAGAAGAUGAAAGCCAACAUGAAGAAAACCAGUGUGAUGUAAUAGACACGAAGCAAAUUCACCUGACCUCAGGUAUUGAGAAUAAAGACAUAGUUCAGUCCAUGGUGGAUGUUGUCAACGUCAUUGAUGACACCUUGUUUUGGAUAUUCCUAAUGUUAUUUGUCCUGUUUACACUAGUUUUGUUGUUGUUUAUGUUUAUUUAA